CGCCCGAGCGCGGCGCCGCUGCCGGAGGAUGAGCUGCGGCCGGCCCAAGGACAUGGAAGCCGCCGCUGCCGCCUCUGCUCACUUCAGCUUCUGCCGCAGCCUCCUGGAGCACACGGUGUCGGCCGAAAACCUCAGCUACCGCCUGCAGCGCAACCCUGGCAGCAGCCUCACCUGGCACGACGGCCGCAGCCAGCGCCCCGACGGCGGCCGCACCGUCAAACUCCUGCGGCAGCCGGGCACCGAGGGCUCGCAGGUCCGUGGCUGUGACCACUAUGGCAUCUACCACACCAGCCCCACGCUGGGCAGCCUGGUCAAGCCAGUGGUGCUGUGGACCCAGCAGGAUGUGUGCAAAUGGCUGAAGAAGCACUGCCCACACAACUAUCUCAUCUACGUCGAGGCAUUCUCCCACCACGCCAUCACAGGCCGGGCGCUGCUGCGGCUGAACGGGGAGAAGCUGCAGCGCAUGGGGAUCGCGCUGGAGGCGCAGCGCCAGGAGGUCCUGCAGCAGGUCCUGCAGCUCCAGGUGCGCGAGGAGGUCCGCAACCUGCAGCUGCUCAGCCAAGAUUGCACCAACACUGUGAACCGAGCUCCUCUGGGAUGGGCUGUGCACCGCCGAUAUGAGACCUGAGCCACACGCUUGGAAUAAGAAGAGACACUCCAAGCUUCCCAGGUGCUCCAGGGCUCCUCUUCUGCUUCUUCCUUCUCUUUCUUUCAAAGGAAUACGUUCCUGCACAGGGAUGGAAGGUUUCUUCCAGCAGACGUGGCUCUUGGCUGGAGGAAAAUCAGCAAACCAGCUGCUGGGACAGACGAUGAACUUCCAUCCACCUGAGCCUGACGAUUCACAGGGAAAGAGAUGGAAAAAAGGAGACGGCAAAAGGCAGGCUCAGCACUGUGGAGAACGGGACCGCAGUGAUUCCAGGGACAGCUCGGAGCCGUGUGCAGGACACUGAAGCAUUAUGCACUUGGGCAACAUCCCAGCACUCGGCAACUCGUGUCCAUGCCUCGGAGCUUAUUUAGGGAGCUUUGGUUUCCUCAUCGGACUGGGCUGUCUUCCAGCGUCCGGGGAGGUGACGUUAUCAGUAGCAAAUAAGAUGAUACAACCAGCCAAAAAAUUCAAAGCAGGGCCAAGACCCGAGCACCCAGCUCCACUUGGUGAGUUAAAAAGGGAGCUGAGUCAUCAGAGCUGGAAAAUCUGGGGGUAAAAGCAGGGUGGAUGCACCAGGAGGGUGCCAUGGCCUGGAGGAAGCUGUGCCAGGAGCUCAUCUUUCCUCCGCAGGCAGACGAGGGAGCGCCUGCAGGGGCUGGGGGAGCAGGCAGGGGUGCUGCCGGGUGGUGAUGGGUGCUGCCCAGGGUGGGGCUGGGGGAUCGCUGCGUGCCAGGUCCUCCCCAGCCCCCAUGCCUGGUCCUGCUCUGCUCCAUGCUCCCACCAGCUCUGCAGAGCUCUGCUCAUCGUUGGCAGGUUCUCGUCCUCACCUCCUGCCCAAGCGCUGGCGAUGGUGACACCAAAGCCAGGCACCUUCCUGAUGACCUUCAUCAUCAUCAUGGUGAAAGUGUUUGCUGUUAGACCCCCACCUCCCCAGCUCUCCCAUACAGAGCUACACACUGCCCGUGUGGGCAGAUAAAGAAAAUCCAUGUGUCAAUCAGGACUUUUGGCCAGGGUGGAUGCUGUCACCUCCCCACAUUCCACCUCAGGUGAUGAGGGUCGGGCAGUGGGUCAUGGGGGUCCAAAAACAGCAGCACCCCAAAACCCCUGUGGCAUUGGGAUGUUGAGGCAGAUCAUAGUGCCCCCCAGCCAGGCACCCUCCUGCCUGCUUCUGAUGCCUUGAGAGGCCACCUAGAACAGACUAAAACAUGUUAAAGGAAUAAAGUAGGUAUUUAUUUUAAAAAGGCCUUCAAAGGCUAUACCUUGGGGAGCACAAGAGCCCAACCGACGCUCCCCCCAAGAUGGACGAUGUGUCAUGAGUUUUCACACUUUUAUAAGUUAUGGUCCAUUUAGAUAUUGGGGUCAAUUGUCCAAUUACAGCUUCAGGUUAUGAAGUUCCAUCCUCCCAGAUUGCUCCCCUCAAUUUGCUUGUACUUUUUGUGCCCGAAGCUGCAAGGGUGUCCUUGGUUCUCGGGCUGGAAAAGGAUUGUUUUGUCUAACUACACUGUGAAGAGAACUUGCUAACACUUUAUAUGAAUUUCAGAGUUAUAUACCAAUGCAGUACAGAAUCUGGAAAAUAUGAAAGCUAAAAUUUAAGGCAUCACUUCU